AUGGCGGAGGAUGACGAGAGACCCAAGCCCGAAGAGCGGCAGGGAUACCCGACGACGAGAGGUGUGGAGGGUACAAGGGGUCCUGGACCGCCGAGAGUGGAGCUCAGGAAUUAUGAACUACGGACAGACGUUUGGGUCAAUCGAACCGCUCCAAGCCUUCGCUCAUCUCGUGUCUCCGGAUCUCAAUCAACAUCGCGCGAACGGUCCCGGCAGCUAGGUGGAGGAGACCUGUCCCUUCCUGCUUGCCAGACUCUCACCGUUUUUGAGAAGCUAGUUGGAGAUGGGGAUGGCCUCCUCGCACGAUGCGAUCGACAACUCAUUCGACAUUGA